CAGUGCACUUUCGUCGCAUAAUUGAGAAGAUAUUGGCAGCUGCUAGUAGUUAACCAAUAUCUUUCUUGUUUUCAUUUCAAACAGUUUCAAAUAAUUAAUUGCAAAGACAAUUGUCUCUGUUAAUUGCUUUAAAUCUCCCUUAGUUCUCAGCUAAAAUGCAAGUAGGUACUCAAAGCAGGGCGGUUGUUCUUUCGUUUAUAAACAUUCGGAAUGCAAGCACAGCCGUGGUGGCCAACCCCAAUUUAGCCCCGGUUUUUGUCAAUAGAAAUCCUCGAAACCUGGAAAGGUUGAGAAUUGGUUACAAGCCCGAUGGUUAUCACGUUGACAACCCUGGAAGAAAUUACUGGCACAAACUGAAUCUUGAAGUCAGUAGCAAGUACGUUACAGCCACUGUAAAUCAUUUUGAAAAUGGAGAAGUGUUGCGGGCAAGCACCUGUGAAUGGUGCAUAAAAAAGUUCUUGUAUAGUGCCAAAGAUACGUCAGCAUACAUUAACUUAGGCAGGAUUCUAGGGAUGAGGUGCCUUCAAACAGGGCUUACAGAGAUCAGCUGCUAUAUCACACCUCGCAACGAGACUGACAAAGUAGCCCUGUUUCUCAAAGCACUGCAAGAGAGUGGGGUGGAACUAAAAGAGCCCCCUCAAUAUAAAGCUCCUUACCCUUGGGACCAGCACAGGCCAGAAAAACCGUGGGAGGUAGUGGAAUAAUCAAUAAAAUCGAGUUUUAGUACUUAA